AUGUACGCUGUUUUUCUCUUUCUUUCGCAACUCACUCUGUUCUCCACGGCACAAGAUCAUGUUUUCAUCCGCGAUUAUUUCGUUCACAAGAGGGUGCGGAACGUGGUGGGAUUUUCUUGCGGCGACAUAGAGAGUGACUUUGAUCUUCUGAAAACGCUGAGCACCACAGGCAUAUUCACAAUAAUGAGAGAGCCCACUAUAAAGAUCGACAUCCGUAGGUUUUUAAGAACCGAAACGUGGACGUUGGGCGUCAUUGUUGAUCUCCGUUGCCUCAACGAAACUGCCGUUCGAAUUUUUGCCGAAAGCUCGAAAUAUAGAAUGUACGAUUAUUCCUACAACUGGUUGGUUCUGGGAUCGAAUUAUAACCAGAGCGUGCCACUUUUGAACGAUACCACGUACAGCAUGGUGACCGAUUUCGUCCUCGCCAUAUCGAACAAAAAUGGCUACGAUCUGUACGACGUGUUCAAUCACUGCAAAUACCGCGCCGGUUUGCUGAAUGUCACGAAACUUGGCACAUGGCGGCGCCAUAGCGGCCUGAACAUCACUUUAACGCAACCGUUAAUUAAUAGGAGGACUAAUAUGCACGGAAUGAGAUUGAAAAUAUCCGGCGUGAUACAAUAUCGACCAAAAGGUAUGCGUCUCGAAGAUUACAUGCAGGACAUUAAUACAAGGUCCUUAGACAGUAUGCAUAAAUUUGUGCACGCCAUGAUUUUACACAUAGGCGAUCUCUUUAAUUUCAGCGUACAUGCUUCCGAAAUCAUUUACUGGGACAGGCAUAGCGUCCACGGUCUGAUUUUCGAAUUUUUACAAGCGAAUUAUAUCGAUUUCGCUAGUAAUCCCAGGAUCAUGGUGUCCGAGCGAUUGGAUUAUGCUUCCCUGAUUGGUGCAGCAUGGCCUAUUCGGCCUUGUUUCAUGCUGCUGUCCACGGCAACCAACAAAAUAAAGUUGGAAAUUUUCUUGAAGCCUUUCACGAGGCAAACGUGGUAUACGUUCGCAGGGUUCGGUUUGUUCUCCAUCUUCGUGAUGAAAAUGAUAAUGAACUGCGAGGGAAUCGGGAAGAAGGAAAAGUACUCCGGAGCAGUUGUGCUGUCAGUGGGAAUAAUAUCGCAGCAGGGUGCGAAUUUGACUACGAGACGUAUUGCGAGUCGCAUCGCCUUAUUUCAAAUCACGGUACAAAGCUGGAUAAUGUAUAAUUAUUAUUCCGGUAGUAUUGUCUCGGCUCGGUUGAGUGAACCCCUUGACAUGAUGGAGGAUUCCGUAACUGUCCUGGCCGACAGCAAUCUGAAAAUUGCUGCAGAGGCUGUGCCCUACUUAAAUUACUUUCUGUAUAAAUUGAAUUGGGAGUCCGAUUACUUUCGCAAGAAACGUUGGGAUCCCCUACCGGAAUCGAAAAGGUAUUUGCCAAUAGAGGAAGGCAUCAGGCAAGUCAGCCAAGGUAUCUUAGCGUAUCAUACGGAUCCAAACACUGCAUACCCAUACGUUGAAAAAAUGUUCGACUCGAAUAAAAUCUGCGUGCUCACGGAGAUACAUUUGUUUAAACAAUCCGUGAUGGGCAUGUACGCGAGCCACAAUGGACAGUUCAUCGAGAUGGCAAAAAUAGGGCUGACCAAGAUGUUUAACACCGGUCUUCGGGAUCGUCAAAUCAAACACUGGUCGUCGAGGAAACCCCAGUGUCAGCCGGAUACUUUAUCGACGAGAAGCAUUACGAUUUACGAAACUGCACCGGCACUGAUUCUAUUGGCGUUGGGCGUUCUCCUUGCUGGAAUAAUUUGCAUCGCGGAGAAUAUUAUUUACAGACGCUCGAUGAAUAAGAAGAUAGUGAGUGGGAAGAAAAUAGUUGGUGCCAGAGGAAGUAUUACCAGUGGAAACAGUAGAGACAACUUGCUGGAUUUGCAGCUUUAA